AGUUUACAUUACAAUAUUGAAAUAUCAUACAGCUAUUUUAUUUUUAAACUUGAAAAGUAGUGUAAAAUGAAAGCAAAAGAACCUCAAUCGAUACAUACAGCUGUCCAGCAGACUUGUCAACAACCACCAUCAACAGGACAGACUGUUGCCCAUCGUCAGGUAGACAUACACGCUCGGUCAGGUUCUGCACAGUCUAGAGUAUCUGGCACACCAGGAAGUCCUCAAACUCCACGCCAUCCGUCAGAAAGUCAGCGUAUAGGUCCAUAUGUACUAGGAAAAACACUUGGCGUAGGAAGUACAGGCCGAGUUAAACUUGGAUUACACAUUGAGACAAACCAGCGAGUGGCCAUAAAAAUCAUUUCAAAAGAGAUAUUGGAUCCAAAUGAAAAGUGUGUCAAAAAGGACGAUAUGAAUCGCAAACUGGAGCGUGAAAUCACAAUCAUGAAGUUGAUUCGACAUCCAAAUGUUUUACAGCUUUUGGAUGUUUACGAGACCAGCAAAGAGCUAUUUUUGGUUUUGGAGCACGUCGAGGGCGGAGAGUUGUUUGAUUACUUGGUAAAAAAAGGUCGGCUAAAUGAUGCCGAGGCGGUUUCGUUUUUUCAACAAAUCAUCAUGGGCGUUGAGUACUGCCAUCAGCACCUAAUUUGUCAUCGUGAUUUAAAGCCAGAGGCAAGUGAUUGCCGAUAUGCUUGCCAUUUAAACUUGCUGUUAGACAAGAACCGCAAUGUCAAAGUUGCAGAUUUUGGUAUGGCCAAUAUGCAAGUUCCAAGUAAAAUGUUGGAAACCAGUUGUGGAUCUCCCCAUUACGCCAGUCCAGAAAUUAUCAAAGGAAUUCGAUAUGAUGGUGCUGCGUCUGAUAUAUGGAGCUGCGGUAUAAUUUUGUAUGCUCUUAUCACAGGAAAUCUUCCAUUUGACGAUGAAAAUAUCCGUCGAUUAUUGAACAAGGUCAAGACUGGACUGUUUUUCAUUCCCGAUCAUGUUGGUCCAGAGGCACGCGAUCUUAUCAAACGAAUGCUUGUUGUUGAUCCAGCAAAGCGAAUUUCAAUGAAGGAUGUCAUUCAGCAUCCGUGGUUUCAAUCUCGUCCGAUAAAAAAUGACAGUCAUUACCCUUCUCCAUUGGAAACUGCAUCUGUAGGUGUAGCUAUGUUUUAA